AUGGGUAAAACUCAUAGAAGGAGUUUCUUCGAUAUAUCUAUCGAUGGUCGAGAGGCUGGGAGAAUUGUGUUCGAGUUGUUCGAUGACGUCGCACCGAAAACUACGGAGAAUUUCGUGAAACUUUGCACUGGAGCUGCUGGACUCGGUAAACAAAGUGGCAUGCCGCUGCACUACAAAGGUUCUACUUUUCACAGAGUUAUCAAGGAUUUUAUGAUCCAGGGUGGUGAUUUUACGACUGGGAAAGGUACUGGUGGAGAGUCAAUUUACGGUGGUCUGUUCGAUGACGAGGCUUUCGUGUUGAAACACGAUCAACCGUUCCUUCUCUCAAUGGCUAAUAAGGGUCCGAAUACCAAUGGGUCUCAGUUUUUCAUCACUACGAAAGCAGCUCCUCAUUUGAACAACAAACAUGUGGUUUUUGGAAAGGUGAUCUCUGGAAGUGAAGUGGUUACUGAAAUUGAACAUCUGAAAGUAAACGCUCGGUCUUGCCCGAUAGCAGAUGUCAUAAUUACCAACUGCGGAGAAUUGGUACGGAAACGAAAGAAAGAAGCCAGCACUUCAGAAAGCGAAUCUUCGGAAAGUGAGGAAGAGAAGGAAAAGAAGAAACGCAAGAAGGAAAGGGCUACUAGUGUUGAGAAGGAGGAGAACAACAGGGAUCCAGUAGCGAUUUGCUCGAUUAAAAAAGAAGAUCUUCCUCCCGAACCUCCUAAUCAACACUCUUUCUUGAUGCGAAGAUCUAAGACCCCCGAGGAUCGUAAGAAAGAGAAGGAAAGUGCCAGAAAAUCAGGUGGAGACAAACACCGUGAUAAUGACAGAAAAAGACGAAGAUCUCGCACUCGCUCGCCAGUUAGAAGGAAAUCGCGGUCGCCUUCUCGUCAUCGAAGAAGAUCACGUUCACGAUCCACCCAUAGGAGGAGAUCGCGUUCUAGAUCCAGAGGACGUCGCUCGGAUAGACGCGGGCGUGAACCCGAAACAAAAAUAAAAGUGAAAGGUCGGGGACAAAUGAGGUUUAUCGCUGCACUUCGAGACAAAACACCUCCACACUGGAAGCGGGAGGAGGCGAAGCUAAUACCUCUCAAAAGGAUGUUAGAGUUAAGAGAAGAGAGAGCCAAGCGUGAGAGAGAAGAGCAGGAAAGGAUUGCUCGCUCUAAUGCGGAAAGAAAAGAUCGUGAAAGAAAGAAAUCUCAUCCUGCAGAAGAUCAUGAGAUAGGAUCUCCCGACGAAGUUGACGACGAACAUCAUCAAGAGGAAGAAAUUGAGUUGCAAGAAGGACAUGAGGAGAACCACGAAGAAAGCCUUAAAGAGAAUCAUGAAGAAAAGAACGAGGAGAAUCAGAAAGAUAAUAUUGGAGAUUUUGUAGAGAAUUCUAAUAACCAACCUCACGAUGAAGCUCGAAAGAGCCCAAUGGUGGCGAUGAAGUUGAAAAUGAUAAGAACCGAAGCAAAAAUUCGAGGGAACGUAAGAGUAGUGAAGAGGGCGAAAAUGAGAGCCAAUGCAGAAAUUCGAAUAAGCGCGAUGAUGAAGCUGAAAAUGACAACAAGCGGAGAAGCUCGAAGGAGCGUAACAGUAGUGGAGAACUCGGAAGUGACAGAAACCACAGAGAUUCAAAGGAGGAUACGAAAAGUGGAGAAAGGGAAACCGAUACUAGUCAUCGCAGAAGUCCAAGAAACAGCAGAAGUGAAGAUAAAGAGACUGACAGAAGCCAACAGGGAAGCUCAAAGGAACGCAAAAGAAGUGACGAACGAGAAAGUGAAAAAAGUGGGCGCAAGAUCUCAGAAGAACGUAAAAGAAGUGAGGAACGUGAAACAGACAGAAGCCGACGCAGAGGCUCAAGAGAGCGUAAGAGAAGUGAAGAACGUGAAAGUGACAGAGGUCGACGCAGAAGCUCAAGGGAGCGUAAGAGAAGUGAAGAACGGGAAAGUGACAGAAGUCGACGCAGAAGCUCAAGAGAGCGUAAGAGAAGUGAAGAACGUGAAACUGACAGAGAUCGACGCAGAAGCUCAAGGGAGCGUAAGAGAAGUGAAGAACGGGAAAGUGACAGAAGUCGACGCAGAAGCUCAAAGGAACGUAGGAGAAGUGAAGAACGUGAAACUGAUAGAAGUCGACGUAGAAGCUCAAGGGAACGUAAGAGAAGUGAAGAACGUGAAACUGACAGAGGUCGACGCAGAAGCUCAAGGGAGCGUAAGAGAAGUGAGGAUCGAGAAGAUCAUCAUCAGAAAGAAAGCGAAAGCAAACACCAGGAUGGAGACAGCUCAUGAACGUUCACUUAUGUCUGCUGUUCGAGUUUGUUAA